CGGAGCCAUUUUGUAGUCAUUAUAAACUUAACGUGGAAAUAAUGAGUUUCAACUCUCUGGAUACAAUAUGUUAAGUCUCGUUGUUCAGCCUUUAAAAGCAUCCUAUGGAAGAUAAAAAAAAAUUGCGUUUUGGCAGUGGGGGAGUUAAUGGAUUUUCCAGGUUCUCUAGUUAAGUUGUGUGGAUCUUGAGAGAGUUUUGAGCCAUGGAACUGCAAGCGCACUGGAUGUUAAUCAGCUUUCUAUUACAAUUGCCUAAGAUGGGAUGUUUCGACCUGUACCUUUCGGAUACUUCACAUGCCGGGGCUGUGUUAGCAAAUGUAUCACUUGGACCGGGAUGGAUUUAUAAUAUUGAUAGAACUUUGACACCCAAAUACCUGAUUAAUUUUUUGGAAAUAGACGCUCAAGAAGGAGUGUUAAAACUUUCACGGCGAUUAGACUGUGCGCGAUUGGUAAGGAAUCCAGCGCCGCUUUACUUUAAGAUCAGUUCUACAAGAUCUGAAAACUUUAUUUUAACGCAUUUUAAUGCCUUUGUCCACGGACAAGACUGUUUUAUUAAAUACAAGAGAAAGAGUUCAAAAGGUAAGCCAGAUAUAUACAUCAAUUAUCUUUCAAAACUGGAAGCAACUUCUUGCUUGUCCACAGGUAACUUGCUGAUGAAUGUAAAAGAACAUUUACCUGUUUUUGUACGUCAUUUAGAGUUUUUAAACUCCACGUGCACUGAAACAAACUCUGAAAUCGUUGUUAAAAAUGGGAGCUUAAUACUGAAGGAGAAUCGUUGCUUGCAUUCGGGGGAAAGGAGCGAGGUGGAUUUACUUUGUACCCUAACUAACCUAAAUGACCAGAUCUCUGUCCGUGUGAAAUUACGGUUUAUGACAACAGACUCCGAGGGUUGGUUAAAUGAUUAUUCACGGGGGAAAAUGGAUCCAUGGAAUACGCGGAAAAAAAGAAGCGUGAACGCCCACAGUCCCCAGUUUAAGUCCUCCAGCUAUCAGGUGUCUAUUCCUGAGAAUGAACCAGCUGGGACCCCAGUAAUAACUCUGAGUGCCGUUGAUCCAGAUGACGGGGAGGCUGGUAGGCUUCAGUAUUCCAUGGAGGCAUUAUUUUUUUCUACAUCGAUUGAUUACUUUCGGAUAGACCCCAAAACAGGGAGCAUCACUACCACCCAGCCUUUAGACAGGGAGAGCAAGGACACCCAUGUAUUCAAGCUGACUGCUUCUGACAAUGGCACACCUCCGAGAGUGGGAACAUCCUAUCUCACAGUCACCAUCAGCGACAACAACGACCACACUCCCACCUUUGAGCUAUCUGAAUACAAAGUGAUCUUAAGAGAAAACAUGGAAGUAGGCUUUGAGGUGACGACGAUCAGGGCCACAGAUGGAGAUGCGGCCUCCAAUGCUAACAUGAUUUACAAGAUUGUAAAUGCGGAUGGGGUAAAUUCAGCUUUUGAAAUAGAUCCAACAACCGGGCUUGUAAAAAUAAGGGUGCGCCCAGAUAGAGAAACUAUAGCAGAGUACCACUUAAUAGUGGAGGCCAAUGAUCAAGGCAAGGACCCUGGCCCUAGAAGUGCCACAGCAACUGUGCACAUCACAAUAGAAGAUGAAAAUGAUAACUACCCACAGUUCAGUGAGAAAAGGUAUGUGGUCCAGGUACCUGAAAACGUCAAGGAAAACACGAAAAUCCUGCAAGUGGAAGCAACUGACAAAGACCAAGGCAAUAAUGCGUUAGUUCAUUACAGCAUUAUAAGUGGCAACAUCAGAGGCCAGUUCUAUAUUCAUUCUCUCACUGGCAUCAUUGAUGUGAUCAACCCACUGGAUUAUGAGAAUAUCCGAGAGUAUCAUUUGAGAAUCAAAGCCCAGGAUGGCGGCAGGCCUCCUUUGAUAAAUGGUACUGGAAUGGUAGUUGUGCAAGUGGUGGACAUCAAUGAUAAUGCUCCAAUGUUUGUCAGCACCCCUUUCCAGUCCACUGUCUUAGAAAAUGUCCCAAUUGGAUAUUCUGUGAUACACAUACAGGCUAUUGAUGCAGACGCUGGGGAGAAUUCUCGCUUAGAAUACAGAUUGAUAGAUACCCCACCCAAUUUCCCUUUCACAAUCAACAACAGUACUGGCUGGAUUACAGUCUCUGUGGAACUAGACAGGGAAACAGUUGACUUUUACAACUUUGGGAUUGAAGCACGGGAUCACGGGACACCUGUCAUGUCAACUUCUGCCAGUGUUAGCAUCACAGUGCGGGAUGUGAAUGACAAUACUCCCACCUUCACUGAGAAAGUGUACUACCUUCGGAUAAAUGAAGAUGCAGUAGUGGGAUCUAGUGUGCUCACUGUGAUAGCGAUUGACAGAGAUGUUAACAGUGUGGUAACAUACCAGAUUUCAAGCGGCAACACCAGGAACAGAUUCGCAAUUACCAGUCAGAGUGGCGGAGGCCUUAUAACAUUAGCAUUGCCCUUGGAUUAUAAACAAGAGAGACAGUAUGUCCUCACAAUCACAGCCUCUGACGGUACUCGCUCAGACACAGCCCAGGUCUUUAUCAAUGUCACUGAUGCGAAUACACACAGGCCAGUUUUCCAAAACUUCAAUAAUCCAGUUAGUAUAUAUGAGGACAAACCCAUUGGCACAACUGUGGUGGUAAUCAGUGCAGUGGAUGAAGACACAGGAGAAAAUGCCAGGAUCACUUAUGUCAUGGAAGAUAACAUUCCUCAAUUUAAAAUUGACCCCGAUUCAGGGGCAAUUACCACUCAAAUGGAACUUGACUAUGAGGACCUGGCUUCCUAUACGUUGGCGAUUAUAGCCCGGGAUAAUGGAAUUCCUCAGAAGUCAGAUACAACAUAUGUGGAAAUUAUUGUCCUGGAUGCCAAUGACAAUGCCCCUCAAUUCUUAAGAGACAUGUACCAAGGCAAUGUGUUAGAAGAUGCACCUGUUUACACCAGUGUGCUGCAGAUUUCAGCUUCCGACAGGGACUCGUGGGUUAAUGGAAGAGUGAGUUAUACUUUCCAAGGUGGGGAUGAUGGGGAAGGGGACUUUAUGAUUGAGCAGUCUUCAGGCAUCAUCAGAAAUGCAAGAAGGUUGGACAGAGAGAAUGUGCCAGUUUAUAACUUGAAGGCCUAUGCUGUGGACAAGGGGGUUCCACCUUUGAAAGCACCAGUGGAGAUCCAGAUAACUGUGCUGGAUAUAAAUGACAACCCCCCAGUGUUUGAAAAGGAUGAAUUUGACAUCUAUGUUGAAGAAAACAGCUCAGUAGGCUCAAUCGUGGCCAGGAUCAAAGCUACCGACCCAGAUGAAGGAACCAAUGCUCAGAUCAUGUACCAGAUAGUGGAAGGAAAUAUUCCUGAGGUUUUUCAGCUCGACAUUUUUAACGGAGACCUUACUGCCUUAACAGAUCUAGAUUAUGAAACUAAAACUGAAUAUAUCAUUGUGGUUCAGGCUACUUCUGCACCGUUGGUCAGCCGAGCCACUGUUCACAUUCGACUCGUGGAUAUUAAUGACAAUGACCCAGUGCUGCAGGACUUUGAGAUCAUUUUUAACAAUUACAUAACCAACAAAUCCAACAGCUUCCCAUCUGGAGUAAUAGGGAAUGUUCCUGCUUAUGACCCAGAUGUGUCAGAUAAGCUUCACUAUACCUUUUUGGAAGGUAAUGAGUUAAAUCUGUUGAUUUUGAACCAAGACACAGGAGAGUUAAAGCUAAGUGGACUCUUGGAUAACAACCGGCCUUUGGAAGCCAGCAUGAAAGUGUCGGUCACAGAUGGUAUCCACCAGGUGACAGCCCUGUGCACACUGCGAGUGACUAUCAUCACAGAUGACAUGCUGACUAACAGCAUUACGGUGCGGCUGGAGAACAUGUCCCAGGAGAAGUUCCUCUCCCCACUCCUCUCUCUCUUUGUGGAAGGAGUGGCUGCUGUGUUGUCCACCACCAAAGACGGCAUCUUCAUCUUCAACAUCCAGAAUGACACAGACGUGCACACCAACAUACUCAAUGUCACCUUCUCCGCUCUGCUCCCUGGGGGCCUCCGCAACCAGUACUUCCCUUCUGAGGACCUUCAAGAGCAGAUCUACCUUAACAGGACCCUGCUCACCAUGAUCUCCACCCAGCGCGUGCUUCCCUUCGAUGACAACAUCUGCCUGCGUGAACCCUGUGAGAACUACAUGAAGUGCAUCUCGGUGCUCAAAUUCGACAGCUCGGCUCCCUUCAUCACCUCCAACACUGUGCUCUUCCGCCCCAUUCACCCAAUCAACGGCUUGCGCUGCAGAUGCCCCCCCGGAUUUACAGGGGAGUACUGCGAGACAGAGAUAGAUCUGUGCUACUCCAGCCCUUGCAAUAACAACGGACGGUGUAAGAGCAGGGAGGGAGGCUAUAGCUGUGAAUGCCCUGAGGAUUUUACAGGAGAGCACUGUGAAGUGAACACACGCUCAGGACGCUGCUCUCCUGGUGUGUGUAAGAAUGGAGGGACCUGCAUCAACCUCCUGAUAGGUGGGUUCAGGUGUGAGUGCCCUCCUGGAGAGUAUGAGCGGCCGUACUGUGAGAUGACCACCAGGAGCUUCCCUCCUCAAUCCUUUGUCACCUUCAAGGGACUCCGGCAGAGAUUUCACUUCACUGUUUCCCUCAUGUUCGCUACCAGGGAAAGGAAUGCUUUGCUGCUUUACAAUGGGCGGUUUAAUGAAAAACAUGACUUUAUUGCGGUAGAAAUCAUUGAUGAGCAGAUCCAGCUGACGUUCUCAGCAGGUGAGGCAGUAACAACAGUAGCUCCCUUAGUUCCAGGUGGUGUCAGUGAUGGGCAGUGGCAUUCAGUGCAGGUGCACUACUAUAACAAGCCUAAUAUUGGAAGAUUAGGUAUCCCUCACGGGCCCUCUGGAGAGAAGGUUGCCAUAGUUACAGUGGACGACUGUGACACUGCAGUGGCUGUGCGCUUCGGCAACCAGAUUGGGAACUACUCAUGUGCUGCCCAGGGAACUCAAACUGGUCCAAAAAAGUCCUUGGAUCUGACUGGUCCUCUGCUCCUCGGGGGUGUUCCAAACCUGCCGGAAGAUUUCCCUGUCCGGAACCGGGAAUUUGUGGGCUGCAUGAGUAAUCUGACCAUUGACAGCAAAGCUAUUGACAUGGCCAGCUAUAUAGCCAACAAUGGCACUACAGCAGGCUGCACAAUGAAAAACAACUUUUGCAGCACAAUUAUGUGUCAGAAUGGAGGAACCUGUGUGAAUAAGUGGAACACCUACAGCUGCGAGUGCCCCCUGAGCUAUGGAGGGAAAAACUGUGAGCAAGGAAUGCCCUCUCCCCAGCACUUUGAAGGCCAUGGUAUGGUAUCCUGGAUUAUGCCAGAUAUUACCAUCUCUGUUCCUUGGUACAUUGGCCUGAUGUUUAGAACAAGAAAAAGCAAUGGAAUGUUAAUGCAGGCCAAGGCUGGGCCGUCUUCCAAGAUUACCAUCCUGAUAAGUAGCAGCAACGUGCAGUUUGAAUUGCACCGUGGGUUCACGCAAAUGGCAAAUUUCAAAUUUACCCAAAUAAGGGUAAAUGAUGGGGACUGGCACCAUCUACUAAUUGAAUUGAAAAAUGUUAAGGAUGGCAAGGACAUGAAAUUACUUGCUUUGAUGUCUCUGGAUUAUGGGAUGUACCAGGGAAGUGUAGAAAUUGAGAAAGAGCUGCCAGGAAUGACGCUGGAAAGCCUAUUUUUAGGGGGACUUCUAGGGGAUGAUGGGAAGAUCGAACAGGGCUUCGUUGGCUGCAUGCAGGGUGUGAGGUUGGGAGAGACUGCCACAAAUGUAGCCACUCUGAAUAUGAACCAGGGCAAGAAAAUCCGUGUGCAGAAUGGCUGUGAUAUUAGUGACCCAUGUGACUCAAACACCUGUCCUGAGCACAGUCACUGCAGCGAUGACUGGAAGACCCACUCCUGUGUCUGUGACCCAGGGUACUUUGGUAAAGACUGUGUGAAUGUAUGCCAGUUGAACCCGUGCGAACAUGUCUCAGCCUGUGUCCGUAAACCCAGUUCUUCCCAUGGAUACACCUGCGAAUGUGGGCAGAAUUACUACGGGCAAUACUGUGAAAACAAGAUCAGUCAGCCCUGUCCUCGAGGCUGGUGGGGUAGCUCUAUCUGCGGCCCAUGUAAUUGUGACACUGAUAAAGGGUUUGACCCUGACUGCAAUAAGACUUCAGGAGAGUGCAGGUGCAAGGCUAACUACUACAGGCCGCAGGGUAGUGACAACUGCUUCCCCUGUGAUUGCUUCUCUCUGGGAGCUCACACCCGGACCUGUGAUGACGAGACGGGACAGUGCCAGUGUAAAACUAGUGUCAUUGGUCGACAGUGCAACCGCUGUGACAACCCCUUUGCUGAGGUCACUAGCAACGGAUGUCAAGUGAUUUAUGAAGGCUGCCCCAAGUCGUUUGAAGCUGGAAUUUGGUGGCCCAAAACGAAGUUCGGCCGUCCAGCUGCCAUGAACUGUCCCAAAGGAUCAGUUGGGACUGCAGUCCGGCAUUGCAAUGAAGAAAAGGGCUGGCUUCCUCCUGAGCUCUUCAACUGCACCACUCUCACUUUCUCUGAGCUUAAAACAAUGAAUGAGAAGAUGCAUCGGAACGAGACUAACAUGAAUGGAGACAAGUCCAAGAAUAUUGCCGAGUUGCUGCACAAUGCCACCAUGCACACUGAUGUUUUUUAUGGGAAUGAUGUGAAGACUGCCUACCAGUUAAUAUCGCAGGUCCUAGAGUAUGAGAGCAAACAACAGGGUUUCAAUCUGGCUGCAACAAGGGAUGUUGAAUUCAAUGAGAAUAUUAUUAAAGCUGGCAGUGCCAUCUUGGACCCAAGAAACAAAGAGCACUGGGAGCAGAUCCAGCGGACAGAGGGAGGCACGGCCCACCUACUGAAAAAUUAUGAGGAUUAUGCCAACAAUAUGGCACAGAACAUGAGAAAGACCUACCUGAAACCGUUCACAAUAGUGACUCCAAAUAUGAUUUUUGCUCUUGAUUUUCUGGACGACUCCAACCCAGAGAGUGCCAAGAUUCCUUGUUUUGAAGAGAUCCGUGAGGAGUAUCCCAAAGACCUGAAAUCAACUGUCAAGUUUCCUGGUGCCAUCUUUAGACCACAGGAAGUAAACCCCACAGUCCAGCCAUUGGAGCCGAGUGAUUCUCGUGAGGUCAGCGAGGCCUCUGCAAAGAGAAAGAGAAGACAGCCAGAAGAAGCUAACCCUCAUGUGGUUGCCGUGGUGAUGGUGUACAGAACAAUGGGACAGCUUCUACCAGAGCAAUACGAUCCUGACAGGAGGAGCUUAAGGUUACCGAACCGGCCUGUCAUUAACACACCGAUCGUGAGCACCACAGUCCACAGUGAGAGGGGGACCCUGCCCACUCUGCUGAAGGAACCUAUCACUUUGCACUACAACCUUCUAGAGACAGAGGAGAGAACCAAGCCUGUCUGUGUGUUCUGGAACCACUCGAUUCCGAUUGGUGGGACUGGAGGCUGGUCCUCCAAAGGCUGUGAGCUUGUCUUCAGAAACGAGACCCAUAUCAGCUGCCAGUGCAAUCACAUGACCAGCUUUGCAGUGCUCAUGGAUAUCUCCAAACGAGAGCAUGGUGAGGUGUUGCCCUUGAAGAUUGUCACUUACACCACAAUCUCUGUAUCCCUGGUGGCCUUGCUGGUGACAUUUGUACUGCUGGUCAUCAUACGGACACUGCGGUCAAACCUUCACAGCAUUCACAAGAACUUGGUAGCAGCUCUCUUCUUCUCCGAGCUGGUCUUCCUCAUUGGAAUCAACCAGACCGAUAAUCUGUUUGUCUGCACGGUGAUUGCUAUCCUCCUCCACUAUUUCUACAUGUGCACCUUUGCCUGGAUGUUUGUGGAGGGGCUGCACAUCUACCGGAUGCUUACCGAAGUUAGGAACAUCAAUCACGGGCACAUGAGAUUCUACUAUGCCAUUGGCUGGGGGAUCCCUGCCGUCAUAACAGGUCUUGCGGUAGGCCUAGACCCACAGGGAUAUGGCAAUCCAGACUUUUGCUGGCUCUCUGUUCACGAUACUCUCAUUUGGAGUUUUGCAGGACCCAUUUCACUAGUGGUACUUGUCAAUAUAGUGAUCUUUGUACUAGCUGCAAAGGCUUCUUGUGGAAGAAAGAAUAGAACAUUUGAAAAGACCGGAGUCAUCUCUAGCCUGCGCACCGCUUUCCUCCUGCUCCUACUCAUCAGUGCUACCUGGCUGCUCGGUUUGAUGGCAGUAAACGACGAUGUGAUGACCUUUCAUUAUCUCUUUGCCAUAUUCAGUUGUCUACAGGGAAUAGUUAUUUUCUUCUUCCACUGUAUUUUUAACAAAGAAGUGAGAAAACACUUAAAGAACACACUAACUGGGAAGAAAUCUCUACCCAAUGAGUCCAUGACAACAAGAACGUCUCUGUUAACACGAUCACUGAACUGCAAUAACACGUACACAGAUGAACCAGACAUGUACCGCACCACCAUUGGAGAGUCCACCGCUUCCCUCGAUAGCACUGUCAGGUCAGCCAAGAGCCACAGCAGCUAUCUUGCUUACAUGUUCAGGGAGGACUCUGUUCAGAAACCAAGUAUUUCAUCAAGCACUGCAAGACUGGGGCUGACUGAAGGAGACUCUGGCAAAUUCCACUGCAACCCAACAAAGACUGAAGACCAUGACUCUGACUCGGACAGCGAGCUCUCUGCGGACGAGCACAGCAGUUCCUAUGCCUCCUCGCAUUCAUCCGACAGCGAAGAUGAUGACACUCGGUUGAAGCCCAAGUGGAAUCCAACAACACCUAAAAACAACGAGAGACAGCCACUUCACAGCACUCCGAAAGCAGAUGUUGUGACCAAUCACGUGAAACCGCACUUGCCCAAAGAAUGUACAACAGCCAGUGACAGCGAGGACCCAGGAGGUUCAGACAAGCUCAAGGUGGAAACCAAGGUCAGCGUUGAACUUCACCAAGAAAACAAACUCAACCACAUAGAGGAGGAACCACAGGAGAAAGACAAGCUUUUGAAAGAGACUGCACCCCAGCAAAACUCCAACCAUCAGCCAGAACAGAGAAAAGGUAUUCUCAAAAACAAAAUCAAGUACCCACCGCCUCUAACAGAUAAGAAUAUGACAAACCGGCUCAGAGAAAAGCUUUCCGAUUACAAUCCACCCACCAUUCCGUCACGGACAUCUUCUAUAGGGUCCAAUGAUGGGACCCGAUCAGCCCCAGGCACUGGUGUACUUAUAAAACAGCCACACAGGCAGCAGUCAAGAGAACAGCAAAAUGGAGUGGCAAUGAAUGUUAGAGUGGGGAUUGUAAAUGGGGACACAUCUGAUUCAGAUGGAAGCAAUGAAACUUCGAUCUGAUUCACCUCGAUAAGAUUAUUGCACUCACAAGGGACUGGUGUCUCACCCUUGUCAGCUCAGUAGAACCAUAUCCCGUGUACUAUGCGCCACUUUGGAUUGGUUCCUGUGGAGAUAUUACUGCAGACUUGUGACUGCUGGAAAAGGGAAUGCACGCAACUGCAUCAAUGGGAGCUGUAUUAGAAUGAAUGUGUGAGUUGUGCCAAACUACCAGAAGAGGUGAAUGACCACUGAGCAGGGUAGACCAAGACAUUUUAUUAAAGUCUGCUGAAAAAAAAAAGAUGUUGGCAGUGAAUAUACUGCCUCGUGCUGCUGUCACUUGGUGACAUGACCUUUCUGCUGUUAACCAAGGAACAUGGUUGGUAUAGAUGGCAGCCAUACUCAAAUGGACUACUAUAUGAUCCAUUUAGAGAAUUCUUACAAGAAAUAAGACUUCUUUGCAAUAUGAAUCAAUAUGAAGUCAUCGCCCUAAAGAACUGCAAAACUCACAAUGUGUCAUUUUCUAUCUGUUCCUGUCUUUUGGGAUAAAAAAAAUAAAUGUCUUAAAUGAAUGCAUUUGAUGUGUAAAUUGUUCAUAAUUUUUAUAUAUUUUGUAUUUUAACUUUUUCUUCGCAAAAAAAAAAUGCAUUUGUAUAUUUUAAAUCCCUUUUUUAUGUUGAUUUUUGUUACAAGAGAUUUUUAAUGGAAUACUUUUUCUGUUUUUUAUAUGCUGUAUAAAGUAAUGAUUGCACAAUUGUACUUGAAGUUGGUGUGUUUUAUGAUUUAAUGUCAAAAAGAAUUGUACAAAAAAGGAAAUGCCUGGAUUUUGCUUUCUUUGCUGGUCUUCUAUAAAACCAUUAUAUCAGCACCCAACCUAAAUCGAGGUAUUCAAAUAAUCAAACCCUUUUCCUCAUGGUAACAUAGUGUCAGCAAUAAGCCAUCAAUAAUGUCAGCAUUCAAAUUGUGAGCCUUAAGACAGUUUUACAAAGAGGUUAACUAAGCAUCAGUUUUCUGUGAGGUGUGCUCCAUUUAGUUUGAAGACUGAACUUGGAAAGCCUACUUUUAAAUGUCAUUGCUGUUCCAGUAGAGUUUUCAAACUAAACUGUUCUGUUUUUUUUUUUUAGCAGCACCCCCCCACAGAAAAUAAUAGGCCAUAACUACCAGGUUGGAAUCUGUGACCAGUUUGCCCUAAUGCUGUUGAAAAACACUCAUUAAGGAAUAACAAAGUGCAUUCAGUUCUUACAGUAAUGUUUUAAAGAUGUUGCAUAGCAGUUGAAAAUGUGUCAAUACAUCUAUCAGCAAAUACGCUUAAUUUGAACUGAAUUGAGUUCUAGUUGGUUUAAUGAAAUGGCAGCUAAAAAUACUCCAUUAGCUGAAGAGAAAUAAUAUAAUAAUUAAUAAGCUGCUUUAAAACUAUGUCUUAGUUUCUAUAUAUUUUGGUUGUGCAUGUAGUUCUGAAUCAGUAUGUUAAUAUUUUAAAAGGCUGUAGUCACACCUUAACUCCAAGUGCAAUUCACAAGUGUACACGGUCUUACAUAA